AUGAUCGCUGACCCGGGGCUGGCAGUCGACCUCCGCAGUGACGCACUUCCUUGCAGAUCGUCAGCCAUGCGUCGCGGCGACGUGUCUCCGGUCUGGGCGGAGGGCGCCAAGGCACGGAGCGACGCCCUGGAGCGGCACGUCCAGGACACUUGCCAGAGGCUGCGAUUCCCGACGGACGGAGUGCACCGAGCGAUGGAACGCAUGCAUUAUGACGACUCGAGGAAAGUGAUCUACUGCUUCGUUCCCAAGUUGCCAGAAAAGAGUAACCAGAAUGUCUCCUGCAGGUACGCCAUCCACGCCUUUCUGCCCCGCCUGGCCGCCGACAAGGACAGAGAAGAGAAGCUCAGAACCUACAAGAAGUUCCUGAUGGUUCGUCACCCCCUGGAGCGGGUGCUAUCUGCCUUCAGGGACAAGCUCGAGACCCCCGAUCAGCAUCCCGCGGCUGUCUUUCAAAGCCAAAUUGAUUACUUCAGCAAGAAAAUAGCUGGCAUGAUAAAGGCAAAGUACAGGGGCGCCGCCUACAGGGGGGGCCACAACGUCACCUUCGCAGAGUUCCUUCGCUUCAUCUCCGAGGCGGGGCGCGGGACGCCGGAGCAGAGGAACGAACACUGGCGGCCCAUGCACGAGCUGUGCCAGCCGUGCGCUGUGCGCUACGACUUUAUCGGCAAAUACGAAAAUCUGAAGGAGGACGCGGACUACCUCCUCCAGUGGCUCGGGCUGACGGACCUGGUGGACGGGUUCCCCGCGUCCGACAGGACCUUCCACGCCAGCCGCCUCGACUCCAAGUACUUGGGCCAACUCAGCCACAGCGAUAUCAUGGCCUUCCACGCCAAGCACCUGGCAGAUUUCCUGCUCUUUGAUUACAUGUCAUUACACAUGUAAGGAGCGGCGGUGAUUUGGUAUGCUCUUAUGUUCUUUGGACUGCUCCUGCAGCCCAACGGAAGGAGGGGAGCCAGCCACCGUCCUCGGUGGGAGGCGCGUCGGGUGGCAGGAGAUGGCAGUGGCGAGGGUGGUGAAGCAAGUCGACGCCAAAUUUUCUGAGAGUGUCCUUUUCUGAGGCUUUUUCUGAGGCUGUCAGAGAGCCUCGACAGACUCAAGGGGUGGUCAGGGCCUUGUCGUAGGUGUGGUAAGUAGAGUUUAAAUAACCCUGAGCCCUCUCAAGCUGCUGCUGUUAGGUGAGGGUCACAAAUGAUGACCACGCG